AUGGCUCCAUAUGAAGCUCUAUAUGGCAGAAAAUGUCAGUCUCUGUUGUGUUGGUAUGAAACUGGAGAAAGGAGUUUAUUAGGGCCUGAAAUGAUAGCUGAAACGACUGAGCAGAUAAAGAAGAUUCGUAGUCGAAUGCUUAUAGCCCAAAGCCGCCAGAAGAGCUGUGCUGAUCAGAGGCGAAAGCCUUUGGAAUUCGAAGAGGGAGAACAUGUCUUUCUGAGAGUUACACCAACCACUGGCGUGGGAAGAGCUAUUAAGACCAAGAAACUGAAUCCCCGUUAUAUUGGACCGUUUGAGAUUCUGAAGAGAAUUGGACCAGUGGCUUAUAGAAUUGCCUUACCGCCGUACCUUUCGAAUUUGCACGAUGUAUUUCAUGUAUCACAGCUUCGAAAGUAUACCCCUGAUGCAAGUCAUGUUCUAGAACCAGAACCAAUUCAAGUAAGAGAAGAUCUAACACUUCCAGUAAUUCCAGUGAGAAUUGAUGAUACUAAUAUUAAACGAUUACGCGGAAAGGAAGUAUCAUUGGUAAAAGUAGCUUGGAGUCGAGCUGGUAUCGAGGAACAUACAUGGGAACUCGAAUCAGAUAUGCGAAAGAACUACCCACAU